ACCCAUUUUUCUUUAGUUCUAACUGCCAAAGACUUUAACCCAGAGAAAUAUGCAUCAUUUGGGAGAGUAUUGUGUAGGAUGUACAUGAAAUAUGGUAAUCCAGCCAGGAUGAUGGAAGGUUACAUUUCUGUUCUUACUAAUGGCAUUUGUCAAAAUGAAGAGAAUGGGUCAUUUCUUAUGAAGGAUUAUGAUGCAAGAAAAGCAUAUCUUGCUGGAUCCAUUAAAGAUGUAGUAAAUCAGUUUGGAAUGGAAACCAUUAUCCUGUACACUGCACUUAUUUUAAAGAAGAGGAUUGUGGUCUACCACCCACGCAUAGAAGCAUUGCAGGAGUUUACCAGGACCUUGCCAACAUUGGCUUGGCAUAGGCAGGAUUGGUCAAUACUUCAUCCCUAUGUGCAUUUAAAUCAAAAUGAACUAGAGGCCUUGAAGACUUGCGCUGGCUACGUAGCUGGUUUCACAGACUUAAAGGUGACUGAUCGCCCAGACAUCUACGAUGUGUUUGUGAAUUUGGUGGAAAGUGAGAUCAUUGUUGCACCACACGCUCAAGAAUCAAUGACAAUGGGUAAACUGCACAAGGACAUUGGGCAAUUCAUUGUCCAAUCAGCCAGUGACCCAGAGAAAUCAGAUGGUCAAGUGAUUAAGGACAUUUCACAGAAAACAAAAGAAAUCUUGGCUAAUUUAGCUUCACUGGCACCAAAUGAAGGGGGAAAACCCAAGAUCACUCUGGAGAUUCUGAAGGAGCGUCAUUUUCCACCAGUGAUUGAGAGCUUCCUCUAUCACUUAGCGGCCGCAGAGCAAAUGCUUCAGAUCUGACCCUUGCUACUUACAUUGUGAAACCUUUAAUAUAGUGGACCAAGCAUCUGCAGUUCUUUCGAUUCUUAAGCCUGAUGACAGACCUGGGAAGUGCCUGCUCGGGAUUAAAUCCCAUCGAGGCUCCUGGACAUAGCCGCAGGAAAUGGGGAUGGGGUUACCUCCGGCUCUGUAGACAGUGGACAGGCACAUCACUGCAGCCACUAAAUACAGACUCAUAUCUGGACAAUUAUUUUGCAUCCCGCCCAACCACAAAGAAUUAAUUUUCUUAUCGAUCUAGCUAUUUAUUUUUCGGUUCCCUGUUUCUCAACAGCACUUUCUGGACCAACAAUCCCCACCACCUGGAGGAAUAAGGUCACCAAAUACAUAAGGACACCACCAUCUCCAAGUGUCCUCCCAAGUCAGAAACCCUCCUGAUUUGAACAAAUAUUUCCAUAUUUCAGUGUUGCUGAGUCAAUUUCCAGGAACUCCAUACAACCGUAUAGGAAUACCUUUAACACGUGGACUGCAGUGUUUUAGCCAGGUGACUCAAGGGCAACCAGGAAAGUAAAUGCUGGCCUUGAUAGCAAUGCUUGAGAAUUUAAAAAAAAACUUGUAUAAAGUUUGAUGUGUAUUUUGAACAUGAUGAUUGCUACAUUACAGGCAGUUUUCAUUCUGAUAAUUUAAUGGCUUGUUCACAUAUUUCGUUGGCAUAAUCUAUAUUUUUCUUCUUUCCAAUGGUCAUUUUCUACUUGUUAUUCAGCAAUCAUAUUACACAAGCCUUUCUUUCAACUGGCUGAAUCCCCAUAGCAAAUUUUCUAUCCAAUCUCACAACAGGAUAAUAAAUUCUUAAGCACACUCCCAUGAUAUAGCCCUCCCAGUGUCCAACACAUAAAAAUGUUGCCUUAAGUGUAAUGAAGUCUGAGAUGAGUUAAAUAUUAUGGAUGGAAUCUUCUAGACGUCUAAGUGACGUGGGCUGUGGUGAGAUUCGUGGCAGAGUCAGAUGAGAAGUCCAGUAAUACAGACUUUGAUGUCAGAGCAUUUUGGUCGAUCUUUUCUGCUUUUGGCAAGUGGCGUGGCAAGUUUCUUGCUAGGAGUAGCAAGUUGCCAAUUAGGAAACCUACCUCGAUGCUCAUAGCAUCCCACCUUGUCUUGCCAUUUUGUGCUUUGCCCUCUCAGCCAGAGAUACCAGGCUCAUUAUUUACUUCUAUCCUGCCUUUCCACUCAGUACAGACACCAAGGUCGGAAGCUUGCCGUGGUUGUCAGCAGGCCUCAGUCAAGUCAAGCAAGGCAGCUUUGUUCAGGAGGCCCUGGCACACAAAAUCAAGGGCAGCCUUCAAUACCAGUCCAGGGGUUGGAAACUGUCAGUCAGCCACUCAGGGUAGUCAGAGUCAGGAUGUUCUCCACAAGAGGAGUGAGGAGCCAAAUAUUGGGCAGCCUACCACCUGUCUUGAGUCUUUCUGCUGUAUUGGGGGCUGCUUUCCUCCUGAAAUGAGGACGAGGCAGGUAUUAAGGGAGAUGAAAGUGGGUGACAUAGUUGUUACUGUUGGUACAAGUGGAGACGUGUCCUGAGCGAGUAAUUAGGCAGAGCAGAGAGCAUUCAGAGUUAGUGGUAUCAGGAUUGGGGUUGGUAAGAGCGAGUGAGGGAAGAUGUUGCAUGUAAUAGUGAGAAUAGUAAGCCAUACCCUUGAUGAGAGACAUGUACAGUAGCAGCAAUAGAAUGAGUGAGAAGUAUCAAGGUGAAGAUGGUGGAGCUUAAACUGGCAGAAUGGAGAAGGUCAUUGAUCUCCUUACAGCGCUGUGCAUUCCAGUAGAUGGUGAGAUAUCUUUAAGCCAGCUGGCAACUUCGACAAUGCUGGCAUGGUCCAGUGUCAUGGCCUCCACUGCCAUCCCUGGGAGAUGAUAAAGUCCCACGUUUGCAUCAAUCUGUCCAGCAGGACCUCCAGAUCCCUGCCUGGAAAGCAGGGUGACUAUUUCCACCAGUGCCCUGUCCAGGGUAAAUCUCCAGAACUGUGCAGGGCAGCUCUAGACUGACAGUGUUUGUCCAGAUAUAUAACUGCUUUUAAAGAUGGCACAUGUACAAGGGAUGCCAGUAAAUUCUAGGAUAUCUGCUGGGCGGUGUAUUGUUUCAAGAACGGCGUAUGGAAAGCUGGGGCCAGAAUCAGAUAUGAGCAAUGCCAUGGGACAGACAACAUAGUUAAUGAGGCAGAUUUGGUAAGAUUUGGUGAGAAAUCUCUCCACAAAAAAAACUCUAGACAAUUUGGACUUAGCCAAAAAAACACACACACAAGAUUCAAUCAUAUAUUCUCUUUGGAAUAUAACAGCAGAGAUUACAAGUGUAGCUGUGUUCACUCCAUUCUGGUAUCACAGGUCCCUUUUGAAACCCAAUUUUAUGUUGCAUUUUUUAAAAUCACUCAUCAGACAUGCAUCCAAAUAUCAGCUUCAGUUGAUUUUUAUAGUUUAGAAAAGAUUGGCAAUGGCAGCUGUGCUCGUGACAAUGAAGCUAUAACCAAUGUUUUUUUUGUACUCCAAAGUUAAAUAAAACUCCUUGAUUUGUAAUGAGAAUAUUCACUUCUGCAGUGGAGCAGUUUCUUUACCUCUGGGCUUUUGUAGCAUAUUGGCUGUGGAGGUCAGAAGGGUAGUACUGAGUAAUGAGAAUGUGGGAAUAGCCAAGUAAUGUGGAAAUUUUUGCGACUGGUAUUGGGGAUUGGAGUCUGGUCCUUGAUAAAGAUAGAUUCUAUGGAACAGGAAUUUAUGCCAAUAUUGUCUUCCAAUUUAUAGUCUUGCUCGAACAACAAAAAUCAGAACAAAUCCAUUGCAGACCCAUCGGUCUCAUCUUUAUCAGAAGCAAAAUGAUGAAAAGGGUAUGUCAACAGUGCUUUUAAGUGACUUUUUCUUAUCCUUUCACACA